AUGUCUCCCAACGAGCCGAUCGCGAUCAUUGGCUUCAGCUGCAGGUUUGCAGGUGGUGCUUCAUCCCCUUCGAAGUUAUGGGACCUCCUUCGCGACCCCAAGGAUCUAUCCAAACCGCCCCCCGAAACCCGAUUCAACCUCGAGGGCUUCUACCAUCCAUAUGCAGAACAACACGGAAACACCAAUGUGCACGGGGCCUACUUUCUCGACGAAGAUCCGCGGUGCUUUGAUACUGUCUUCUUUAAUAUCUCCCCAAAAGAGGCCGAGGCAAUCGACCCCCAGCAACGCAUCCUCCUCGAGAUGGUGUAUGAGGCUAUGGAAGCCGCCGGCCUGACAUUGCAAGGUCUCCAGGGGAGUGAUACCUCGGUCUACGCCGGUCUGAUGAUUAGGGACUACAUGGAUGUGCAGGCGCGUGACCCGGACUACUUCUCGCAAUAUAUGGUUACAGGAACCUCAAGUGCACUCAACGCCAACCGCAUCUCUUACUUUUUCGAUUGGCACGGCCCCUCGUUGACCGUCGACACAGCAUGCUCGUCGAGUCUUGUGGCGGUCCACCAGGCUGUUCAGGGACUACGGGCCGGUGAGAGCCGCAUCGCCUGUGUCACCGGAUCGAAUCUACUCCUUGGUCCGGAGUUGUUCAUCUCAGCAUCCAAUAUGCACAUGAUGUCGUCUAGGUCGAAGAUGUGGGACACUAGCGCCGACGGCUACGCUCGCGGAGAUGGCUUCGCAACAUUUAUGCUCAAGACGUUGUCCAACGCCAUCGCUGACGGCGACCAUAUUGAAGCUAUCAUCCGUGAAACGGGCGUCAACUCGGAUGGUCGCACGAAGGGUAUUACGUUGCCGAGCCCCCAAGCUCAAGCGGAACUAAUCAGAGAUACGUAUCGUCGCGCCGGCUUGGAUCCGUCUAAUCCUAGCGACAGAUGUCAAUAUUUUGAGGCACAUGGAACUGGAACCCAAGCUGGUGACCCACGAGAAGCCUCCGCCAUCUACGAUGCCUUCUUUGGAACAGAAGGCGCCGACAACAAGGUGGAUCCGAAGCUUGUAGUCGGAUCUAUCAAAACUGUUGUUGGGCAUACGGAGGGAACAGCUGGCAUGGCGGGCAUAUUGAAAGCCUUGCUCGCAAUCCGUCACCGUGUUAUCCCACCCAACCUGCACUUUAACAACCUCAACCCUUCAGUUGUCCCGUUCUAUGACCGAGUGAUAGUACCUACUGAGCCAAUGCCUUGGCCAGCGGUGACACCCGGAAAGCCUGUCCGUGCCAGCGUCAACAGCUUCGGAUUUGGGGGUACUAAUGCUCACGCCAUCUUGGAAAGCUACGAGCCUGGAAAUCGCACAGUGGCUACCGACCAAGGCCAGGGACUCGCACUUCCUUUGAAAUUUUCCGCAUAUAAUGAGAAAGCUCUCUUAUCCGUUGUGGAGAACUACGCAGCAUUCCUGAGGCAAAACCAGCAGACUGUUAACCUCCGGGACCUGGUAUGGACUCUACACACACGACGAUCCCACCUGCCUGUCAAGGUCGCUUUCUGCGGCCUAUCCGCCUCGGACAUCGCAGACCAGAUGGAAAAUAAACUCGAAUCAGUCAAAAAAACUCCAGGAACGGAGCUUGGCACGUGCUCUCCAGCGUUCGCAGGUGAAAAACCGUCUCUACUGGGCGUCUUUACCGGCCAAGGUGCCCAAUGGCCUACCAUGGGGAAGCACCUCAUCGAGAGCUCAAGAAUAUUCCGUGAUACUAUUGAGCGGCUCGAAAAGUGUUUGUCUGAGCUCGACGAUGGCCCUGACUGGUCCUUGAAAAGUGAGAUUCUGGCACCGAAGGCCACUUCACGCGUUGCCGAGGCCGCUCUGUCACAGCCCCUGUGUACCGCAAUCGCCAUUGCUUUGGUGGAUCUGCUUCACGCCUCAGGUGUCAACUUUACCGCCGUCGUGGGUCAUUCCUCCGGCGAAAUCGGCGCCGCCUAUGCUGCCGGGGUUAUCACUGCGGAGGAAGGGAUGAAAAUUGCUUACUACCGCGGGAAGUAUGCCAAGCUAGCCGAAGGCAAAAAUGGGGCCAAGGGUGGCAUGCUGGCAGUGGGUAUGGGAUUUGACGAAGCCAGGGACUUUUGCGAUCAGGUUCAGUUCAAGUCACGCCUAGGCGUUGCCGCCAGCAAUUCGCCCACCGGUGUUACUUUGUCGGGGGAUUUGGAUGCUGUUCACGAGGCAAAAGAGCUCUUUGACACCCGCAAGUCAUUUGCUCGGAUGCUCCAAGUUGAUACUGCGUACCAUUCACAUCAUAUGCUGCCGUGUGCAGACCCGUAUGUAGCGUCUUUGAACGCUUCUAGGAUCGAACCGAAGGAUCCUGCACAGUCGUCUUGCACUUGGAUCUCUAGUGUUUACGGCUCCGAUGGUGAUCCAACAGUGGGGGAGCUCAGCGCCGUCUACUGGAGGGACAACAUGGCUCAGGCUGUACUAUUCUCUCAGGCUUUGGAGCGUGCCAUGAUCGAGUGCGGUCCAUUCGAUGCGGUACUCGAGGUUGGCCCUCAUCCGGCGCUUAAGGGUCCGGCAUCGCAGACGCUACGGGAGCUCAGCGACAACCCUCUACCCUACUUCGGGGUUCUCGAUCGCAAACGCAACGACACGGUCGCAUUCGGGGACGCGCUCGCCUCUUUGUGGAUUCACUUUGGCCCCUCCGCCGUUGACCUCGAGGGUUACGCAGCUGGCUCCGGACCCAAGGACCUACCUCAGCCGAAGGUAGUGAAAGAUCUUCCUGCCUACCCAUGGGACCAUUCCCAGGUUUACUGGCGGGAAUCAAGGUUGUCGAAAGAGUUUAGAACUAGAGCCUCGCCUCCUCAUGAACUCCUUGGCCAUCUCUUGCCUGGUGGAUUGUAUGAGGGUGGUCUUCGUUGGCGAAAUAUCCUUCGCCUUGAAGAGGUUCCAUGGAUUGGCGACCAUCGAUUUCAAGGACAGGCACUUCUCCCAACGUCUGCGUUCUGUUCUAUGGCAGUCGAUGCAGCUUUGAAGCUGUCGGCAGGCUCUGUGGACCCUGUUACUGAUUGUAUCGAGCUCCAUGAUCUUGUUAUUCACAAUGCGGUCAGCAUCCCAGACGGAUCGCACGGUGUCGAAAUUAUCACCUCCAUUCAUCGACUCGAGACCGCGAACCAUCCACUCAAUGCAGAGUUCACUGUUCUAUUUGGGCCCCCUGAUGGUAGCCAGGGGCUGAAGAAAGCUGCCUCGGCGCAUGUCAAACUAUUGCGUUCAGGUCCUGCUGAGGACCCUGCUCCUAUCCGGACCCGGGAGAAAUGGCUGGACUCUCUUGACAUACCCCUCGCCACUAUCAAGCACUUGACGCUCGAUCCGUCUUUGGUGGAAGGGUGCAUCCAAGCUGCGUAUGCCGCCUUUUCAGCACCUGACGAUGCUGCAUUGCGGCGUGUGUUUCUCCCGCAGAAGGUAGAAAGGAUGUCGCUACGGCUGUCAGCAGUACUUGGCUCGGACUCUCUGCUUGUUAUCGACAGCUAUGUGACAAGUGUUGAGAAAGCAACCGCCAACAGGCGUCCCGCCUUCCACACAGAUAUUGAAGUAUCUGAUAGCGUCAGCGGCAAGUUGUUAGUCGAACUUGAAGGUGUUACGAUCUCUUCGUUUAGUCCUACCUCCGCGGCUGAUGACAGAGAGCUGUUCCUCCAGACUGUGUGGAAACCCGCUAUGAGCGAAGGCAUUUCUGUUGGCAACGAACAACAACGGAAAAUAGCCAACCAAGCCGCAUUGGACAUGGAACACCAGUCGAUCUUAUAUCUCGAGACACUUUUUGCCAACAAUUUGUACCUCUCUGGUGACAUGUCACGGGAAUUCGCGUGGUUGGCCCAACUCAGCCAAGCUGGUCCCUCUAGAGGUUCGCAGAACGGUGGGAAUGCGGCGAUUGCCUCCCACCUGGACGAUUUCGAGGCAUUGAGAGCGGUCGCAAAGAAGUUGCCCGAUGUUAUACGGGGACGAGUGCCUGGUGCUGACCUUGAGCAACAGCUACUGUCUUUUGUGGAGACCAAUUCUGUCUUCAAACAGAUCAACGAUGGGUUGUACAAUCUGAUUGAUCAUAUUACGCAUCGCUUUGCACACCUCAACGUUCUCGAAAUUGCCCCCGCCCACUUGCGUCCUUCCUUCAAUGCCUUCGGUGAUCUGGCCGACCUGAUUUCGUCAUACACGUUGGUCACCAAUUCGCCUUCCAAGGAUGUUGCGAAUUAUGGCAGGGAUUUCACCCAUAUUCCAGUGCAGACAUUACACACCGACCCGUCAGCUAUCACGUCUGCCCUCAAUGGACAAAGGUUUGAUAUUGUCAUCGCUUCAUACCUUUUGAAUGGACAAGCUGCCUCCUUCAGUGAGGAGGCGCUGCGAGAGUUCAGAAAGGUUCUGACAGCGGGCGGCUACUUGAUCCUGGUUGAACCUACACAAGAAUAUGUCUGGUCCAGGAUCUUCCUAGGUGUCCUACUAGGCUCGGAAGCAAACACUGGUACGGGGCGAGAUAUCGGAUGUCCUCUCUCCAGCGUGAGUCUAGAUGGUAUGUUGCGCAACGUGGGCUUCUCGGGAGUAGACUCGUUGCUGCCCCGCGAUGCCAAUGGGCCAGGUGAUGCCAUAUCGUUAUUCGUGACCCAGGCAUUGGACGAAACUAUUGACCUACUUCGCCAUCCGUUGCAACCCUCGGCACUGGGAACAUUGGAAGGCAGCCGUGUCCUUGUCAUCGGCGGUAAAACACUACGGACCUCGAGAUUAUGGCACAAUAUCGCCUCCGCUUUACGCCCUUGGGCAAAGGAAGUCUUUUGCAUAGAGUCCUUCGAGGAUCUUCGGACCGAAGAUACAACUGACGUUGCGGGUGCAAUCGUUUUGACGGACCUUGACGAGCCAGCGUCUAGACUGCUCACGCCUAAUUCAUACAACGCGAUUUCCGGACUAUUUGCACAGGCUCCUCAUGUCCUAUGGGUAACGCACAAUGCGCUCCAAGCCAACCCCGAACAGGCGGCAUCAAUUGGGAUAGGCCAUUGCCUGGCUCAAGAACAUCCGUCCGCCCAUUUUCAGUUCCUUGACUUGGAUACGCUUGAGGAGUCCGAGUAUAAGAUUCUUGGUUCUUUCAUGCGACUGCUGAUCCCUGGCGUACACGACUCUCAAGCAUCUCGUCUAUGGACCACUGAAAUGGAGAUCUCAGUCAAAGACGGUCAAGUUUUGAUUCCUCGUGUAUUUCCAACACGGAGUAUGAACGAUCGUCUCAACUCACACUGGCGCCCCAUCGUCCAAACUGCCCAUCUACCGAAAGACACAAUUUCUCUAUCUUCUUCUGGCUCGCUCCAUGCCCCUACCUACGCCGCUCAACAUAUCAACUCGCCAAGCAUCACUGGGAAAAGGCCGGUUCUUCACACGACCUAUUCAGUCCCAAUCGCUAUCAAUAUAUCUAAUGGCGUCUAUCUCUAUGUUUCCGCGGGACAAGUCGACAACGUGGGCAACGUUCUCGCAUUUACUGAUACCAUUUCAUCUCGUGCUCCUGCGCUUGCGACGUGGAAGAUUCCUGCGGUUCCUGAAUCUGGCUCAUUUGAACUCAAUAAUCUCUUGGAGCUGACAGCAAAUGUUUUGGCCGCUCACCACAUCAUUGACUCUCUUCCUACAGGCAAUUCCGUCCUCUUGGAGCCCAGUCCCACUCUUGCAAACGUUAUCAUUGACUUAACCAAAGGUUCUGAGAAAAAGGUCUACUUCUUAACCACUGCAGCGCGUGAAGAAAGGGGCAGCGUCACAUGGACCACCGUGCCACCUCUUGCGUCCAAGAGACACAUCCUUUCAGUGCUUCCGCACUGCCCAAAACUCUUUUUUGACCUUUCACCCGACCCAACUCGCCUGGCCUCCCGUAUUGUACAACUACUCCCGUUGGACUGUGCCAUUUAUGGUCAAGGAGAGCUAUUCCAGUUGGGCUCCGAAGGCGCAGACGACGUGUCUACUCCCUGGCUACAACAUGUCCUACUGACAGUUGCAUCAUCGGCAUUGAAACUCUCCAGAAAGGCCACAUAUCUAUCCUCUUCACCUCUAACGUUGAACGACUUACUUGAGCAUGGUAUUCACAAUGGAAAUGCUAUGUCGGUCGUUGAUUGGACCCAUCAAAAGAGUAUCCCCCUGACGGUUGAGCCAUUCGAACCAUCACACCUCCUUUCCUCUACUGGAACAUAUGUUCUCGUCGAUACCAAGUCGUCCUUGACUCACUCCAUCACUAAUUGGUUGAUUGCAAACGGUGUGCGUGACAUCGGAGAACAUAAAACACUGGAAUUAUUGGAUGAGCUGAUGGUCCAGAACCUAAAGGCGGAUCUCACCAAUCUUAAAGACGCUAGAGCUGUCUUUGAGAGAUUGCCAAAAGUCACCGGUGUCAUCUACGGUGGCGCAUCACCUGCAAUUUGCAGUUUCGGCGGAUCUGAGGCUCCAUUGGAAAGCCUUUUGAAAUCGCAGCAACGUGCACAUAACCUGACAACCGUCUUGGGAGAUCGAGGUGUUGACUUUUUCAUCAUCCUGUCCUCCCUCCAAAAAGAUCGUGCGCCUGCGAACGCAUACUUCACUAGCCUCGCUUCUCACUGCAAGCAGCGAGGACCACCAACAAUCGUGGUCUCCUUGGAAUCCCAAUUGGAUUCUGACCAAGAAUGUCCAUUUAUCCGCCUCAGCGAGUCAGAUGUACACUACGCGCUGACGGAGGCAAUUUCAAGCGCCCUGUCUCGCGAUGGAGUGUCCGCGAUCUGGACUGGUGUUAAGCGAUUGCCUCGUGAAGUUCCUGCUUCGUCCACGCAAAAUUGGCUCUUUAGACCUUUGUUCUCUCAUCACACUCUACGUGGGCACGAGGCUGACCCACGCAGCUCUCAGGGUGAAGUCCAGAGCAUGAUGGAGAGAAUUGCCGUGUCUAAGGAUCACCAGGAAGCUUCCUUGGUCGUCCAGGAGUUCUUCAUGACACAGCUGGCGGCGAUGCUGACCCUAAGUCCCGAGUCUCUGAGUUCCCGCAAUGAUCUUACAAGUUUAGGAGUCGAUUCACUCAGCGCAUCAGACAUCCGGGCCUGGUUCUUAAAGGAGCUGGACGCCGAUGUGUCAAUUUUAAAGGUUCUUGGAGGAUACACUAUUGCGGACCUAUGUGAUGAAGUCGCUGCUGAUUUGCCGGUUCAUAUUGGGUUGCAGGAAGAAGCCGUAUCGCCACCCGCUGUCAACUCACCCGAGCAUGUUACUGCUGCACCUGUGGCUAAACAACCCAAUAUCGAACGCCCUGUUGAAUCCCUGGUGCCAGUUUUGGAAAUUUCUGUUGAGGCAUCCUCGAGCAAUUCUUCCUCAGAAGGAAUAAUGACGCCUCAAACCAGUCGAGGGUUCUACACUCCCCGGACCGAAAUAACUUCUCUACAGCUGGAAAGCGUGCAGUCAAAAGUCUGUACUCCUGUUCAGCGGCAGGAGAAGAUGUCGUUCAGUCAAAACCGGCUAUGGUUCCCGACGGCCUAUCUUCAGCAAGACACCCCUUUUAACUGUACCACGUCAUACACCUUGACGGGUCCGCUGGACGUUGCUCGUCUUGAACAUGCGUUCCAGCGCAUGAUUGAACGCCAUGAAAGCUUUUGCACUGCGUUCUACACUGAUGCAGAUAGCGGGCAGGCCAUGCAGCGUGUGCUUGCGUCUUCCCCAUUCCAGAUGCGAACAAUACUGGGAAAUAAGGACGACGUGCAGCGUGUGUUCCGUGAAGUUGCCAACUACCGUUUCGAUCUCUCCGUCGCAGAUACGCUCGUCGCUUCAUUGAUUUCUCAUGGGCCUAAAGACCAUACCAUUGUCUUCGGCUACCAUCAUAUCAUCAUGGAUGGUGUCAGUUGGCAGAUUACCCUGAAUGAUCUCGCCAGUUUCUACGAAUCAGAAAAUCCCGAGCUUCCCACGUUAUCGCAAUACAUCGACUUCUCAGUCAAGCAGCGCCAGCUUGUCAGUAGCGGUGCACAUAAUGCCAAGCUCUCAUACUGGCGAAAGGAGUUCCCGUCCGCACCCCCUUUGCUGCCUUUGUUCCCUUUCGCGAAGGUUGGUACGAGGAAAGCCCUCACUCGGUACGACACGCUCGACUAUGUGUAUGAUGUGGACACCUCUCUUGUCUCGAAGAUCAAAAAGGCAAGUCUGGCUGCGAAGACCACAACUUUCCACUUCUACUUGGCAGCUUUCAUGGUUUUGCUUAAUCGAUUCCUGGAAACCGAUGAUGUCUGUUUGGGCAUAAUUGACGCGAAUCGCUCGGAUAAAGCAUUCUUGAACACGGUCGGCUUCUUGCUGGAUAUGCUGCCUUUGAGGUUGAAGGUCAACAAAAAGGAGCGGUUUGUCCACACCCUGCGCAAUACAAAGUCCAAAGCAUACGGUGCUUUGGAGAAUUCUGGUGUGCCCCUCGAAACCAUUUUGAAGGAGCUCCAAAUACCCACUUCUUCUACGAGUACACCAUUGUUCCAGGUGUUGAUGAACUACCGUAUGGGGGCGCUGCGCGCUCCGCAGAUGGGCGACGCGAAGAUGAACUUCCUGGACUACGAGGAUGCCAAGGCGCCUUUCGAUCUUGCCAUUUCAAUCGACGAGAAAGACGAUGGCACUGGAAUGUUGACUUUCUCUAUGCAAGAUUAUAUGUAUGACCGGGAAGGUGCGGAGCUCCUGGUGAAGACUUACGUUCACCUACUGGAUACCUUGGCGACCGACUCAUCCCAACGCCUUAAUGAGGUGCCGUUAUUUGAUGAGACUUUGGUUAACCAAUCCAUGGUCGCUGGGACCGGGCCUGUUACUGGAUUUGAUUGGGCACAAACGGAGACCAUCUCACAGCGCGUGGACGCUAUGACAGCCGAAAAGCCUGACGGAGUUGCAGUAAAGGAUCUGAAUGGAAAGGCUAGGACCUAUGCCGAGACGCAAGCAAGAGUCCAUGCUCUGUCCCAUUCUCUCCAGCAGGCCGGGGUCACUCCUGGCUCGCAAGUUGCCGUAUACUGUGAACCGACCGUCGACACUGUCGCAUCGAUCCUCGCCAUUCAUCGUGUGGGGGCUGCUUACGUCCCUCUUGACGUUCGAAACUCCUUUGAGCGACUGCAGGAUGUCGUUAGACAGUGCAAGCCAGCCCUUAUUUUAUACCACGGUGCGACCAAGCUGAAUCUUGCUGAUGUGGCUUGCGACGGUCAUGAUGUACUUGAUAUUGAUACUGUUCCACAGUCGGCAUCCGUACAUGUUCCCGACGCUUCGAAGCUCUCCGACCCAGCUGUCAUUCUUUACACUAGUGGAUCCACUGGGAAGCCCAAGGGUAUUAUGCUGACUCACGCAAAUCUCUCCAUUCAUUUUGCUUCCAUCAGCGAUGCCUUGAGCCUCACAGACAGAGACGUCGUACUGCAGCAAAGUGCUCUUGGUUUCGACGCUUCCUUGGCCCAAAUGUUCAUGGCACUUACGAAUGGUGGGACCUUGAUUCAUGGCAGCAACCGUGGUGAUCCAAUCGAGCUUGCGGCUCUGAUAGAAAGAGAAGAGGUCACGCUGACGCUGAUCAUGGUUUCGGAAAUGUCUGCGCUUCUGCAGUAUGGACGAGACAUUCUAUCGCGUUGCCAAUCUUGGCGCAUUGCUCUCUGUGGCGGCGAGGCCUUCACGAUCAAUCUUCUUCGCAAGUUCCGUGACCUCGACUUGCCGAAUCUGGAUCUCUACAACGCAUACGGUCCGACAGAGACGACUAUUAUGUCUUCUCUAGGUAAAGUGUCUUACCGCCGUACGGAUUGGGAAGAAGGGUCCGUUGUUCCCGUUGGGCCUCCUCUUCCAAAUUAUGGUGUGUAUGUACUCGACGAGUACUUGCAACCGUGUCCACUGGGAUGGCCUGGCGAGCUGUGCAUCUGUGGACCGGGUGUGGCGCCGGGCUAUGUUGGCCUUCCCGAAUUGACCGCUUCCAAGUUCCAACGAGAUCAGCUGCGCAAGCCCCAAGGGUCAUCAUAUGAGGGCUGGGGUGAUGUUUACCGUACGGGCGACAAAGCCCGGCUGCUGAAAGAUGGAUCCUUUGUAUUCUUGGGCCGCAUGGAUGGAGAUUCGCAAGUGAAACUGCGUGGUAUUCGAAUUGAGCUAAACGACAUCUCCAGCUCGAUAAUACAGACUUCCAAUGAAGCCAUUGUGGAUGCGACGACCAUUGUCAAGGGCACAACCAGUCAAUUGCUGGUUAGCUUCGUGGUUCUUUCGCCGGCGAAGAUCACCGACCUAGAAAGAUCGCAAUCAUCCGCGUCUGCUUAUCUCCGUCAGCUUAUUCGGACCCUCCCUCUACCCGUGUAUAUGCGCCCGGCGAUCGCAGUUCCACUACAGCGAUUGCCCUUCACGGAACGAGGUAAACUCGAUGUCAAGGCCCUGGCGGCUAUUCCGAUAGAGGAGGAUGAAGAGACAGACAAUGAAGAGUUGAGCGACACUGAGAAGGCUUUGAAGCAAGUGUGGCAAGAUAUCUUGUCAGAACAAGGACUACCACUUGAGAUUCGGCGAGACUCGGACUUCUUUUCUGUUGGAGGCAAUUCUCUCAUGUUGAUGCGAGUCCGUGCGAAGAUGUUGGAGGUCUUCGGUGUCUCAGUGCCGUUAGCCCAGUUAUUCCAAGCUAGCACGCUGGAGUCGCUCGCUUCACGGAUAGACGGAGAUACAACGGCUCAAACAGACACUAUUGUGUGGGGUGAAGAGACUACUUUGGAUCCGUCUUUGCCUCCUGCUAUCCCUCGUGGCCAGGAUCACCCAGAAAAGCACUUAUCGGUCGUCCUCACCGGUAGCACUGGGUUCCUGGGCCGUGAAAUCGUUCGACAACUCGUCGCUGAGCCACGUAUUUCCAAAAUCCACUGCCUCGCUGUCCGUCCUGGACGCACUCUACCGAAGGAAUUGGUUGCAUCUUCGAAGGUGAUUGUUCACACAGGCGACUUGGCCGCCGAGCGUCUUGGCUUGAGCGCGUCGCAAGCCGAGGAAAUAUUUUCCUCUGCCGCAGCCAUCUUCCAUAACGGAGCUGAAGUCUCCCACAUGAAAUCCUAUCACUCUCUUCGAAAGACGAACGUGGGCAGUACCCGCCAGCUUGUCGAACUUGCAUUGCGCUCCUCGAUCGCUGCUGGCGUUCCCACCCCGGCGUUCCAUUACGUCUCGACGGCCGGUGUGGGCCACCUUCUCGGAAAGCCUUCGUUCCCUGAACAGUCUGUCUCCCCCUUCCCACCCCCGGUUGAUGGAUCCGAUGGUUACGUUGCUGCCAAGUGGGCUAGCGAGCGGAUCUUGGAGCAGGCAUCGGGACAGCUAGGAUUACCCGUGUUCAUUCAUCGACCCAGUAACAUUACUGGUCCGGAUGUCGGUGACAGAGACAUCAUCCACAAUGUUUGGAAAUGGUCUGAGUCGCUACGAACAGUCCCCGAUAUACUGGCUGGGGGUGCGACAGGAGCAUUUGACUUUGUCGGUGUAGAAACCUGCGCGAAAGGGAUUACUGAUACUCUUUUCGUGUCGCCCUCCGCCGGGAGUCUCGCUUAUUUCCAUCAGAGCGGGGAGAACGUGAUACCUGUCCAGGAUUUCAGGAUUUAUUUGCAAAGAAAGAGCGGAGAAGAGGUUGGGUUACUUCCUUUUGAUGAGUGGGUGGAUAAAGCUGUACAGGCGGGAUUGGACGAUCUCGUUGCCUCGUUUCUGCGCGGGACAAAGGGUGCGUUUCAGAUGCCGUUGCUGCCGAAGGCUUUCCGGGGGUGAUUGGGGUUUCUGGGGCAUACAACAGGCGGUGGUGGUAUGACAUGAUCCUGUAAAUACUUACUCGGUGUCGGGGCUAUCCUAUAGGAGGUGUUUUAUCACAGGCAG